UAUCGGUUAUUUGAAAGAGAAGUGCUUGACUUGGAUGCAAGAACAAUAUGUCCGUGCUGUUAUCGGUAUCAAGAUUUUAAAUCCUAGACAAAAUAUUCAAGAACCUGGAACUGGAUAUUUCUAUAGAAUAAUGACGGCUAAACUUUAUCGCCAAGGAAUGGCAGUACAACGGUGGGACUUUGGGAAUGUCAAAAAACAUUCAAGGGAUCCUGUCAACGAUCCUGCUGGUUGCAACGCGCCGAACUUGCCAGCCUUUCAGAUUACAAUUCCCAUAAGUGAAGUAUUUUGGGAUCCGUCGUUUCCUAUCACGCCUGCGUAUGUCCCAAUAAUCCCGGCAAGCGUAAUUGGUACAAAUUUUAUUAUUGACUUGUACCGGAUCCAGCGGGUUGCUUUAAAAGCUAGUUAA